AUGAGCCAGGAACAGCCCAAACGUCAUGCCAAUCAAGAACCAAUCAAAUACGGCGACGUUUUACCCGUCUCCGGCGACCUCGCACAGAAGCCCGUUGCGCCGGAAGAUGCCGCCAUGAUGCAGAGCGCCGAGAGCCGUGUGUUGGGACAGACCCAACCCGGAGGAGUAGCGUCCGUCAUGCAAGCAGCCGCUGCUAAGAAUGAGCAAGCAGGAAUCGUCGGCCACCAAGAUGUCACAGAUGUCACCGGCGAUCGUGGCGUCACCGUCACCGAAACUCAACUCCCAGGAAGACGCAUAGUAACUGAAUCAGUCGGUGGACAGGUUGUUGGACAAUUUGUUGAACCUACUCCGGUUCAGUGUGGUCCAACCAGUCCAGUUCGAGAGAGUGCCUUAACCAUAGGGGAAGCACUGGAGGCGACAUCAUAUACACUGGGCCACAAGCCAGUGGAGCAGAGUGACGCUGCAGCUAUACAGGCGGCGGAGGCGAGAGCUACGGGGAGUAAUGUUAUAACACCGGGAGGGUUAGCUUCCGCUGCUCAAUCUGCAGCGGCUUUUAAUGCUGAUUGUAGUGAGGAGGAGAAGAUUAAGCUGAGGGAUGUUCUGACAGGAGCUACGGCGAAGUUGCCGGCAGAUAAGGCGGCGACAAGGCAAGAUGCUGCAGGGGUGGCGAGUGCGGAGAUGAGGAAUAGUUCUGAUGCUAGUGCUACUCCUGGUGGUGUGGCGGCUUCGGUUGCUGCGGCUGCUAGGCUUAAUGAAAGUGUUACCAAUGUAAUGUAA